AUGAACUAAACAAUGGAUUGUUUUGGGUAGAAUAUAUUUUUUCGAUAAAUAGAACAGAUAAUUUAAUAAUACAUGAAAGACCAUUUACAAUUAGUUACAUAGAUGAAAAUAGUCCAUAAAAAUUUAGCAAUCUUUCAUAAUUAUUUGCAAAUCAAAAUAAAAAAAGAAAUCAAAGAUAAUCUGGAAGAUCCUUAUAAUAUGUAACUUUAAGAGACUAUUGCUAUUAAACUUAUAUUCCAACUCGAUCCCCACCUAGUCUGUAAAUAUAAUUAUUAAAUUAAUAAUAACAUACUUCAAAGUCAACGAAUUCAAGAAAAAAUAAUUUUAGUAAAUAAUAGGGGACUAAAUGUAAGACCCUUCCUUUAAAUGAAUUCAAUUAUAAUGAAAUUUAAAAAACAAUUGAGUUAAAAAAAAUAAUGCUAGAGAAGCUUUAUCUUGUCAAAGAUAAUUGCAAAACUUAAAAAUUUAAAACAGAGAAAACAGAAGAAGCUUGUUAAACAUAAAAAUUACAAAAUGAUUUGUUUGUUUAAUCAAAUAAAAUAUCUAAGAAAAACUAAGAGAUUUAGACAUAUAGGCCUUUUUAAUCAAGAGGAUUAUUAUUUUAGAAAAAUUAAAAAAUAAAUACUUUUUAAGCUAUGCCAUUAUCUUUGGGAUUAAGAAUUGAAAAAUGUAAAAUAGUAGAAAGGUUAAAUCACUCACCAUUUUAAGAUAGAAAUUCUCUUAAGAGGAAGAAUUAAAAAAAUAAUAGCAUUGGAGAUAAAUAGUAAAAGAUAGUGAUAUAAAAACCAAUAAUUAAACAAGUUGGUUUAAAGAAAAAAUCGUCAAUACCUGUUGCUAAAUGGGAUUAUUCUGAUUUUGAGUACGAUUGACUAUUUGAUUUGAG